ACACACUUACACACCUGCACAGCAUCGUGCUGUAGCUGUAUUGCGACGCAGCGAUGGUUCCUCGUAAACCGGCCUCCCGUGGCUGGGCCUCUGUCCUGUGCUGCUUUAAGAGAAGCGAGCAGCCUGAGAUCACCUACGCCAUCGGCCACGACACCAACCUCGCGCUGCAGGCCAUGGAGCCCAGGCUGCCCAUGCCUCCCACUGAGGAGCUAGACGUCAUGUUCUCUGAGCUUGUGGAUGAACUGGACCUGACUGAUACACACCGAGCAGCUAUGUUUGCUCUUCCUGCAGAGAAAAAAUGGCAGAUAUACUGCAGCAAGAAGAUGGAACAGGAUGAGAACAAAGGAGCGAUGAGUUGGCCUGACUAUUACAUUGACCAGAUCAACUCCAUGGCUGCUAGGAAGACAUUUGUGGCUCUGGAGAAGGAGGAUGAAGAGGAGAGGAACAAAUCUAUAGAGGGGUUAAAGACAGCAUUGAGGACACAACCCAUGAGUUUUGUGACCCGCUUCAUCGAUCAGGACGGUCUGACGUGUCUGCUGAACUUCCUGAAGAACAUGGAGUACGAGACGAGCGAGUCUCAGAUCCACACCUCGCUGAUCGGCUGCAUCAAGGCUCUGAUGAACAACACUCAGGGCCGCUCCCACGUCCUCGCUCACCCCGCGAGCGUCAACAUCAUCGCUCAGAGCCUCCAAACCGAGAACAUACGCACCAAAGUGGCCGUGCUGGAGAUCCUGGGAGCCAUGUGUCUCGUCCCUGGUGGCCACCGCAAAGUACUGGAGGCCAUGGUGCACUACCAGAAAUACGCCUGUGAGAGGACACGCUUCCAGUCUCUGGUGAACGAAUUGGACAGGAGCACGGGUCGGUACAGAGACGAGGUGAACCUGAAGACUGCCGUCAUGUCUUUCAUUAAUGCUGUGCUCAGUCAGGGGGCUGGAGAGUCGAGUCUGGACUUCAGGAUUCACUUACGCUACGAGUUCCUCAUGCUGGGGAUCCAGCCGGUCAUCGACAAGCUCCGGACCCACGAGAACCAGACGCUGGAUCGGCAUCUGGACUACUUUGAACUGAAGAGAAACGAAGAUGAGUUGCAGUUGGCCAAGCGAUUUGAAAAUGUUCACAUCGACACUAAAAGCGCCUCACAGGUGUUCGAGCUCAUCCGCAAGAGGAUCAAUCACACAGAGGCUUUUCCACACUUUAUGUCCAUCCUCCAGCACUGCCUUCACAUGCCCUAUAAGCGCAGCGGGAACACGGUUCACUACUGGCUCCUUCUCGACCGAAUCGUCCAGCAGAUCGUCCUACAGACUGAUAAAGGUCACGAUCCUGAUGUUGCACCCCUGGAAAACUUUAACGUGAAGAACGUGGUGAGAAUGUUGGUGAAUGAGAAUGAGGUGAAACAAUGGAAAGAGCAGGCAGAGAAGAUGAGGAAAGAACACAGCGAGCUGCAGCAGAAGUUGGACAAGAAGGAGCGCGAGUGUGAAGUGAAGGCGCAGGAGAAAGAGGAGAUGAUGCAGACGCUCAAUAAGAUGAAGGAGAAGCUGGAGAAGGAGAACAACGAACACAAACUUACCAAACAGCAAGUGGCUUCACUCAUGGCUCAGCUUCAGGAGCUCAGUACAAGGGCAGUUGUUCCUGGAGCACCUUCUCAUGUUCCUGAAACUCCUGGUGCUCCGUCUGCUCCUUUACCCUCAGCAGGGGGUCUCGCUCCUCCUCCUCCUCCACCUCCUCCGCCUCCUCCAGGUGGGAUUCCUCCUCCACCUCCUCCUCCAGGAGCUCCACCACUUCCCCCUGGACUUCUGUUCGGUUCUCUUGGAUUAUUAGCGCAGAAGAAGAAGGACAUUCCUCAACCUUCAAAUCCACUUAAGUCCUUCAACUGGGCCAAACUUAGUGAGAACAAACUGGAAGGAACUCUGUGGACAGAGCUGGACGAUAUCAGAGUGUUUAAAAUUCUGGACCUGGAGGACAUCGAGAGAACGUUUUCAGCUUACCAGAGACAGCUGAAAGAGUCUGAUGAUGACGCAACCAUAAAGAAAGUGAAAGAGCUGUCGGUUAUUGAUGGUCGCAGAGCACAAAACUGCAACAUCCUCCUGUCACGGUUAAAGUUGACCAACGAUGAGAUUAAGAAGGCUAUAAUGAGCAUGGAUGAGCAGGAGGACCUUCCCAAAGACAUGCUGGAACAGUUGCUGAAGUUCAUCCCAGAAAAGAGUGACAUCGACCUUCUGGAGGAACACAAACAUGAGCUGGACAGGAUGGCCAAAGCUGACCGCUUUCUUUACGACAUGAGCAGGAUAGAUCAUUAUCAGCAAAGACUGCAAUCACUCUACUUUAAAAAGAAGUUUGCUGAAAGACUUGCAGACAUCAAACCAAAAAUCCAAGCUCUCAGUCAGGCGUCUACGGAGGUGCUGGGGAGCCAAAACUUGCGGCAGCUCCUGGAGGUCAUCCUCGCACUCGGGAACUACAUGAACAAAGGUCAAAGAGGAAACGCAUACGGCUUCAGGGUGUCUUCGCUAAACAAGAUCGCCGACACCAGGUCCAGCAUCGACAAGAACAUCACUCUGCUGCAUUACUUGAUCAUGAUCCUGGAACAAAAAUAUCCCAAGGUGGUACUGUUUCAUGAGGACCUGCAGAAUGUCCCGGAAGCUGCUAAAGUCAACAUGACAGAGCUGGAGAAGGACAUCAACAGCCUGCGCAGCGGCCUGAAGAGCGUGGAGGUGGAGCUGGAGUACCAGAAGACUCGUCCCACUAACUCAGGUGAUAAGUUUGUGUCUGUGGUCAGCCAGUUCAUCACUGUGGCAGGAUUCAGCUUCUCUGAGGUGGAAGAUUCACUGCAGGACGCCAAGGAGAUGUUCCAGAAGACAGUGAAGGUGUUCGGCGAGGAACCCGGCUCGACACAGCCUGACGAUUUCUUCAAGAUUUUCGAUCAGUUCCUGCAGGCGUUCGCCGAGGCCAAAGAAGAAAACGAAAACAUGCGCAAACGCAAGGAGGAAGAAGAGCGCAGGGCUCGUCUGGAGGCUCAGCUGAAGGAACAGAGGGAAAAGGAGCGAAAAGCCCGUAAAGCGAAGGAGAACUGCGAAGAGGACGGCGAGUUUGACGACCUCGUCUCUGCUCUCCGAUCCGGAGAAGUGUUUGACAAAGAUCUAAGCAAAAUGAAACGCAAUCGCAAACGACCAAGCACACAGAACCUCGAGACGAGCCGAGAGAGACCAAUCACCAAACUCAAUCUCUGAGCUAAUGCUAAACUAAAGAAAAAAUUCAUUCUUAGUCAGGCUAUAGUCAGAGCAGUCAAGAAGGAAAAAGACUGUAGAACUUUGCACUAUUGUGGCCUGCUGGCUAAAUGGCUAAUUAGCCAGUUGUAAGAAAUUAGCCAAAAUCGGGGGGAAAAAGUGUCAGGAGACACGUGAAUGCUGGAUGUUACACACAGCAACUCGGCUGGAUUUUAUCAGUGUUAAAACUGAUGUAAGGUGCAGUGCACUGUGAGUUAUAAACAUGCUUCCUAUGUGUGAAAGUGUCAUAUGAACAAUAAAAGAGACUUUAGCUAGAACAAACUCAAAACGUUCUAGCACUUUCUUAUGAAAACUCGUUUCCUGAUGUUUUAGACAAAAAACAUGCUAACGUGGUUCCCUCUGGUGGUGAAGUUGAGAUAUUGCACAACCUUAAGCUUCCCAAAUUGAAGAUCACAGAUAAUUUAUGUUUUUUUUUUUUUUUUUUUUUUGUGUGUGUGUGUGUGUGUGUUUUUCUCAUUUUGAAAUAGGGACUGACUUGGUGUGUGUGAAAGAGGAAAAGAGCAUGUUUGUUCUCUCAGUGUUAGUGUGUGCAUUCAAAUUAGUAGUGACACAAAACACCGGACCCACUGGUUAAAGAUUGCGAGCGUGUGGGUGUGUUUUUUUUCUUCUAGGAUGACCAUAUUUCAAUUUUCAAAGAAGAGGACAGUCGGGACAGGAGGUACACGGACACCCACUUUGGGCUGUGGGUGGAAGGAUCGGAAUGGGGAUGGGGGGUGUAAAUACUUCACUACUGUAAAUCACAACCAUGAAAUUGUGUUACUGAACUUAAACACAUAAAGUAAUAACAUCCUUUCCAUUUUGCUUUUUGGCCCUUGAUAGAAGGGAAUAUAAUAACAAACAAAUAAAAAAAAAUGGUUUAGCAUUUAACACCUUUUACAUGACUGUUUCUUUUCAAAACCACAAGUUAAAGUAAAAUAAAAAAUAAUUUCAGUCCUCCUGAUGUUCUCUGGUAUACUUUCCUGAGGAACGAAUCUUUCCUAAUAGUCCCUGAUUACCAAUCAAGUAGGAAUAAAAGUCUUUGCAAGACAUGUGUUGAAAGUUGUACUGUGUGUACAGAAACCCCUUCAGUGACUCACCAGACAAGUGACAGUUUUUUCCUUUGACAAAAAGGAAUGCUUUCAAGGCAGAAAACAUCUGUAGCAGACUCACAAUACCUGGGAAUAAUGGCAGCAUGAUGUUAAUAUUCUCAAUAUUGACAUCUACGAAGAGUGUCUGUCUCAUAAUGAACACAAUUGUUCAAGAAGUGGGCUGGGCAGCCCACACCAAUGAAUGACUUGUUCUGCAAUUACCUCUUUAAGUUUGCGGUUUAAGGUUGCACUCUUUCCUUUUUCAUCACACCAGGUUCCCUCGAACAUUGUAUUGCAGUUUUCACCUGUAAAAACCUGAAAGAAUUUCUUUCCUUCCCUGUGUAUUUUUUUAUGUAUUGUGUGAUCAGCUGACUUAUUUGGGAUGUUUUUUAACUUCGACUAAUUUACUUUGUACUGUAUUCCACAAUUCUUCCAAUCAAAAUACUGAAUAAGCAGAGGGAAUAUUUUUAUAGCAACAUGGUUGCUUUCAUCAGUAGCAACCCCGCAUAAGGUAUGUCUUCCAGUGCUUUCAGAGCUAUGUUGACCCAAUGUGGCGCUAUCACAGCAUUAACAAUUGCUUCAUUGCUACAACAUGGAAUAGGUACAAUGGUACCUUAGCAUACAAAUUUAAUCCAAGUUUAAAGUUCCUAAGGCAGGAAAUCUGUCACCCAAAAAUAUUUCCAAUGUUAACAAUUUCCAACUGUAUAAUCAACAUAUACCCAUGGUUCCUAUGGUAUCACAACUUCUUGCACAAAAUGCAAAAUACAAAAAAAACAACAAAACACAAAAGAAUAUGUAAACUUGCUUCUCUUGGCUUUCUACUGAGGCAAACAUGUUUUGAACGGCUCCUGGACGUACGUCAACUGUGCCGUCGUUCAGUUCAGCUCGGCUCGGUUGCUUUGAUGCUGAAAAUGCUUCACAUGCCAAGGCAAAUAUCUUGCAAAAUUUUAGUUCUUAGGGUUCAAAUUCAUAAGUUGGACCAUUUGUAUGCUGAGAUACCAUUAUAUAACCUGAAAAAAAAGAAAAUAUGUUUGCUUAAGAAAAAUGGUAAGUUGCUCAGAUAUAAGGCAAACACUUCAGAAUGUGGCUGUGCGACUAACAUCAAUCAAACUUAAAUGCAGAUUUGCCUUAUAGACCAGCUCAGUUCAGUUUGAGGUAAAGGAAAAGUUGUCAGUUUUAUGUUUUGCAGGAUUUUUCCCUUCCCUUCCCUUACCACUAAGCCACUGUGCCGCCAAAGUGAAAUCAUGGCAGGUAUUUUUUGUGUACAUCACUCUGUUUAUU